GUCGUCUGGGGACAGCGAAGGAAGUUUCCGAUCUUCAACAUUUGGCACAAUUAGAUUAAAUGCUGCACAUUCUUUCAUAGGAAUCAUGUACCUGCUGCAGCGUGUCUGCGGGUCAACAUGCAGUGGAGAAGACACGUGAUUGGCCUCGCGUUUAGCUUUGUUUUCGUUGUGUCAUAUUUCACUAAUAAGUUUGUCCUGUCUGUGUUAAACUUCACCUAUCCAACCUUAUUUCAAGGAUGGCAGACAUUUAUUGGAGCGGUUCUGCUUCUGAUGUCCGGCAAGCUGGGAUGGGUGGAGAUGAGCCGGGUCUCCAGGUCCGCUGCUCUCUCCUGGCUUCCGGGCUCAUUGCUCUUCGUGGGAAACAUCUACGCUGGUUCUCGGGCCUUAUCGCGCAUCGACAUUCCUUUCUUCUUCACUCUGCAGAAUUCCUCUCAUGUCGUCAGUUUCUGCAUCAUCAAGGUCCUCCAGAGGGAGAAGACACACUGGCUCAAAUUUAUAAGCUUGUGCCUGAUGCUGCUCUCAGCCUUCAACCUCCCUCUGUUUGACCCCCAGCUGGACUACAGCGGUUACCUGUGGGCUGCCUGCCAUCUGUUCUGUGUCGGUGCAUAUAGGGUGUUUCAAGUUCACUCCAAGUCCAAUAACCUGAGUGAUUAUGAACAGCAGUGCAUUAACUACUUGUUCAGCCAAAGGAAUAUGCAAGGGAAGGGAAGCUACUCUUGCGUCAAUCCGACAAAGAUCCUGUCAGAUGUUCUUCUGUGUUCAGUUUCCACCACUGACAGCUCUUCCUGUCUUCACAUAAGCGUGCUGCUGCUGGCCCUCGCUGCUCACCCCACAGGUGACCUGACAGGCGCCUUGGAGUUCCCGUCUCUUCAGUCCCGCACGUUCCACUGUGGCUGCUGCGCCAGUGCGUUGCUGGGUUUUUUCAUGUUGUUGGCUUCAGUCAGACUGAAACGUGGGAUCUCCCUCCACCACUUCAGGGUCUGGAUUUUUUUGUCUAAGGUUACCGCCAUGUCCCUCUCGCCAUUUAUUUUCUACAUGAACAUAAACAUCUCGUCGUGUCUUUGCGUGGUGACGAGUCACGCCGGGGAGGCUCUGCUGCUUUACUCCGACAGCGAUACCCAGCCGUCGUGACAAAAAGUCCAGAUGUGUUUACAACCGACAAGUCUUAAAGAGAUUACUUUAUUUUUCUAACGCCUUUGAUGGUCUGUCCGCCAAAUAAACUCUGGUACAAAUGUCCUUCGUCUCAUCUGACUGACUACUACAAAAUACUGGAUUUUAAUCUGAAGACGUGAAGAAUUGAAACCAUUGUAUUGAGAUGUUUCCUCCUCUGACCCGGGGCAGCUCCGACAACUUGUGAAUGUCUCUUUUUUAUUUUUCCAAACACACAAACAAAGAAAUUGCUCUGUACAUGUAGAUAUCACGUUUGAAUGAUGAGUUCACAGUUC